AGUGCUGUGGAGUCCUGGGAGUUGCAAGUUUGGUAAGGCAUCAACGCUAUUGGGCAAAGAAAACUCAGGAUUUUGUGAAACGACAACUCCCACAGAUCGCCCCAUUGCAGCUAAUCAAAAGUGGUGUCAAACUGCAACACCAGGCAAUGUAGAUGCCCCUGGAGCCUGCGAGAGAGAGGUCUCCCCAGCCCCUCCUCCCCUCCCUCUCCGCCCGGAGGCAGGGCUGGAGCAACGUGGCGCUGCCCAUCCGCCUCUGCGGACCGAGAAGGACGGAGGGAGUGAACUUUGGGGGAGUUGCGCAGAUUCCGGUGGAAAGUGGAAACUCCCGCUCCUGGCCCGGAUCCGGGACAGGAAUCCAGGAGGAUGCGAAUUGCCAGCCCGGUCCCCGGAAAGCCAGGCGCCGGGUGCGGAUCUCCACGGAGUCCUGUGGAAUGCGCCUCCUCCCUCUCCCUCCUCGGCGAUGGGCGGCUGAGCCUUUUGCUUGAAGCCCACGGGAGCCCUGGGACCCUCGCGCCCGCCUCUUCGCCCGAGUUCUAAACUAGAAGCACCGGCUCUCUUCCAGCCUCACCAUGGGGCAUGCACUUCUAAUCCUUCUGUUGUGCUCAACUGUCUCACUCCUUGGUGGACUAAUAUUUGGAUAUGAGCUUGGAAUUAUCUCUGGUGCCUUGUUACAGCUGCAAGUAGACUUUCAUCUUGGCUGCUUUGAACAGGAAGUCCUUGUGAGUUCUUUACUCAUUGGAGCUCUCUUGGCCUCUUUAGUCGGUGGGAUCUUCAUUGACCGACAAGGAAGACGGAAAGCAAUAUUGGCCAGCAAUGCAAUUUUGUUAUGUGGUACUCUCAUUCUGACACUAGCUGGAUCACUCCUUUGGCUGGUAUGCGGGCGAAUGAUUAUAGGCUUUGCAAUCUCUAUAUCAUCUAUGGCAUGCUGCAUCUAUGUCUCUGAAAUGGUGGCUGCCCAUCAACGAGGUGUGUUGGUUUCCCUGUACGAAGUUGGCAUCACCAUAGGUAUCUUACUUUCGUAUGCACUGAAUUACCUCUUUUCAGAAAUCAAGGAAGGUUGGCGUUACAUGUUUGGACUGGCUGUUGGUCCAGCAGUCAUUCAGUUUCUCAGCAUUCUGUUUCUCCCAAAGAAUUCUAUGAACAUUAAUGUGCACUACAGUGGGAGUCGCAAAAAUCUCAUCCAAAUUCAGAAGAAUGAAGAUGGUGGAGGUGUCAUGCCACUAUGCCCUAAGGAAAAGCAAUAUUAUUUUGUAGACCUCUUUAAGUCCAAGGACAACAUGAGGACCCGGACUCUGGUAGGGCUAGGAUUGGUGCUCUUUCAGCAGUUUACAGGGCAGCCAAAUAUCCUUUCCUAUGCUUCCACCAUUUUCCGCUCCAUGGGAUAUCAGAGUGACUCCUCCGCGGUUCUGGCUUCUGUAGGUCUUGGAGUUAUGAAGGUGCUUUCAACUCUUUUUGCCAUGGCUUUUGCAGAUAAAGCUGGUAGGAGAGUGUUAUUAAUGGCUGGCUGUAUAGUGAUGGCCUUGUCCGUGACUGUUAUUGGAUUGACCAGUUGUUCUAUUCCAAUAGAAGUGGUAAAAGAUUGUGAGGCACUUGUUGGAUCAAGCAACUCUUCUUUCAGCCCAGGUCACCUUCCCAUAAAAUCCACUUCUUCUGAGCCACUUCCAUCCUAUUUCCCACUGGCAUCAGGUGCUAGUGAAAUUCCAGUGGAAUCAACGUUUGCUCUCACAGGGUCAGCAGCUGUCCAAACACAUCCCAGUAGUGAAAAUGGAAAGAGGAUAACAACUGUUCCAUCACACACUGAGCAGACCUACCUUUUCAAUCACUCAUUUGAAGAAAAGAGACCAGGUCCCAGUUCAUCCAUCAGUGAAGCUCCUUUGAAAUAUCAUAUUCUUCUAAACUGGAUUACAUUGCUAAGCUUGAUGGCUUUUGUGAGUGCUUUUUCAAUUGGAUUUGGACCAAUGACAUGGCUCGUCCUUAGUGAAAUCUACCCAACCAACAUACGAGGAAGAGCCUUUGCCUUCUGCAACACUUUCAACUGGGCUGCCAAUCUAUUGAUCAGUUUCUCCUUCUUGGACCUCAUUGAUGCCAUAGGAUUGUCGUGGACAUUCCUUCUCUAUGGAGUAGUGGGAGUGGUGGCCAUUCUAUUUAUUUACCUUUUUGUACCAGAAACCAAGGGGCAAUCUCUAGAAGAAAUAGACAAGCAGUUCUCAAAGAAGCGAUUGCACCAAGGGAACACAUGUUGGCAAAACAUGUGGAAGAGAAGUGAAAUCCUUGCCCGAGCUCAGUAUCAAAGGGUGGACCAUUCCAGUGACUCCUGAAAAAGAAACUGUGUAUGUUGUCAUGUUGUCACUUGUGAAGAGACUCCUAUUAGUGAAACAUUUGGACACUGGUUUCUGCAGUACUGAAGUGUGAUGGAUGGCAUGCCCAAAGGGGUUAUUCUGGACUCAUGCAGGUUCGUAUAAAUGACAGAAUGCUUUUCCUGCUUUAAAUGUGUCUGUUAUAUUAUGCAUAGAAUCAAGCAUCCUGGUCUCUAGGAAAGGUUCCUCUUAAUAACAUGCUUUGAUGUCCCUGUUCAGUUCAAGAGGAGCUAUAGCCAAUGAUUCAUACAGAAGGUCUUUUUAAAAGAUAAAUAAACCAUAAAUUAUGAUAACA